GCGGCUCAGUCACGCUCGUGCAGCCGCGACGCGACGUUCGUCUCGUAUCUCGUGUCGCGUUAUCCGCCGCGCGCUCGUCACCCGCUUGCGCCACGCGUCCACGCCCGCUCUCGCGAGGUUAAGCGCGCGGCGGUCGUAAGCCUCUCUCUCCCCGUACACACGUGAAGACGUUCGGCGCGGCCGAGAAGUGCAUCUUCUUUCGGUCCACGGUUUUUGUGAACUCAGAACUUGGAUAAACUCUUACGUGUCGUAGCUUUCUCGGCACAAAAUUAAUUCACGCCGGACAUUCGUGAGAACGCGAGGACAAAUAUCAAAGAGUGAGCGGGAGUUCGUUCAAAAACUAAAAUAAGAAGAUUAUAUCGUCGAAGGAGUGUCGAAUUAUUGAUUAAUUGACGACAUCUGAGAAAAAGGAUCUGGACGUAAAUGAUAGUGUGAAGUAACUUUCGAAUCGAAAAGAAAAGAAACGACGUCUUAAGAAAGUGUACUAGUGUACGAUUACUUGCGGUUUCUGGAUAUGAAUCUAUUUGAAUAUGUCGUGACACAUUGAAGACAAAAAACGAUGGACUGACAGAGUGGGAGAGGCUAAUCGAGUUGGCAAGGUCGAGAAGACUUCCAUUGGGUGUAAAAGCUCGCUGUUCGAGGGAGCUGGCAGUCUCCAAACUCUCGUUCGUGGGGCAGGGCCAUGUCAAGCGGGUCAUGAACAGCUCGACUCCCUUCCGCGCGAACAGCGACGCAGCCCCGAGUCAUCUGCAUCCGCCUAUUUACCAACGGGAUGAGGCUGUUCCGUCGACCUCGAGUGAGAGAAGCGCCGACUCCGCCCGCAGCUCCGAACCUCCCUCCGGGACCUUCCUCGAGCUCGCGUUGGACGUUUCGUACGCCGGUCUUGGCACCGAUCUCGUCGACUCCGGUGGCAAACGGACGACAGCAAGCGCUCCGUUGCGAGAGGAUGCGUCUAGUCUGCCGCAUUUCUGGGAGGACAUCGGGGUGGUGGAGUACCUCGAGAGGAGACUCGGCCGGCCCGACGAGAGCACGCCGGAAGAACGCGUCGCGACCCUCCGCGAGGUCCUCGCUGAGAGAACGGACAUCCACGAGGGCGACGGGGAUCUCUCGGACUUCCUCUUCCACGUGGCGCGAACCAAACACGGCAAGAUCUACAUAAGGGUUAUUCGGACUCUACUAUUGAAUAGAGUCUUAUGUAGCAACCGGGUGAGCCAAAUGACCAAGACCUAUAAUGACAUAGAGGCAGUCACAAGGCUUCUGGAGGAGAAAGAAAAAGACUUGGAGUUGACAGCGCGCAUCGGCAAGGAAUUACUGGCACACAAUCAGAAGCUCGAGACCACAGUGAACGCGUUAGAAGGUGAACUUAAGGAAGCGAACGAGAAGAUCACCCAGUUGAACCAUGAAGUGUUGAAGAAGACCGAGCUGAUACAGAUACUGACCAACGAUGUGGACGAGUCUAGUUCGGAGGCCGAAACUCCAACCGGCCUGCGCGGUAUUAAUCUGGAGAUGCUGCAGAGAAAGGUUACCUCUUUGGAAGAAGAGAAUAAGCAGCUCCGUAACGAAUUCACGAAAUUGGUAUGCGAUACGGACAAUUCUGAAGAACAGGAGGCACGUCUUGUAAAAGACAUCACAGCGCAAUUAGCAAACGUCAACAUGGAGGUGGAUGGCAUAGCGGAGGAGCUCUGUCGGCAAAAGGAUGAGAAUCGAUUGCAGCAUGAGCAAAUAAUUAGUCUUACUGCAAAAUUAGCUGAGACGGAGCUUAGGCUCGCUCAGCUGAUGGCGGAGCACGAUGACGUGGGAGCGACUCUAGUCAUCACUAGGGAUAAUCAAAAUACACUGGCCGCUGAACUAGCUGAAUUUAAAGAACGAUAUGCGGAGGUGGUGAACUUAUUAGCCGAAACGCAAGAGCAGUUACGAAAACAGAGGAAACGCGGAAUGCCAACGGUACGCGGUGGAUCGCUGUUCCCGUCGAUGGGCGCGGCGCCUCAACCGGAUUCUAUUGCCUCGGAACUGGAAUCGUCCCUUUAUUCGGAAUUAAGUAUUGACUCUGGAAUCGGCGCGGGUGACAGAAUACCAACUUAUAAGAAGGUGUUUGAGACCGUUCGUAGCGCGUCUCGAACAACGUACGCGGGAAUGGAUCCCAAUCAGUUUCCUAGGAUAAAUUCUAUGACGACGUCAACGUUAUCCAGCAGUUCCGUUGGCCCGCGGAUGAGUUGUGGACAAGUACGACCGCAAGCGUCUACAUUUCCCAGUUUGGAUUCUACCGGUCAUAGUGAGAGCGACGGAUCCUUGCUCAUCGAGACGGAAGAUUACCCGGGGCCGCAACGAAUGGGUGUACCUGGUGCUCCUGGCGCUGCUGAUUUAGAAGCUGCUAUACGUCGUCUAACACCCGCGGAAGUAUUAGCGAGGCGUGCGUGCCUCAGUACAGGUGCCGGCUACAGUUACGAUUAUGAUGGUGGCAUAUUACAUUCCCCGCCGACCUUCUUGCCUUUUGACUGUCGCACGCCGGACAGCAUUAUGUCGACCGGCAGCAGCGGCAACUUGAGCGGCUUCAGCGGCAAUAGCGGAAAUGCUUGGCGUAUACCACAGAAACUGCAGAUAAUCAAACCGAUGGAGGGAUCCCAGACGUUGCAUCAUUGGUCGCGAUUGGCAACGCCAACACUGGGUGGACUGCUGGAGGACAGACCAGGCGUAAAGACUAGGGGUGGCCGCGCUCUCGAGGAUCUCGGUCUCAUAACAUUUGCACUGAGCGAUUUGGAGGAAGAUGAGGAAUACACUAAUCCCGGUAAACCAUUCCAAGACACCGGCUCCAUUUACACCUUUACUAACAGCACCGUAAUGCAUCCGGAUGAUCAUACCACCAGCAGCGUGACGCCGAGCAUCGUUAGCAGUCGUGUCGCCUCAGCACCCAACAGUGGUAUGAACUCCGGUAUGAGCACCCCUCGCACGCACAGUCGCCGCAAUUCAACUUCAACAUUCUCCACCACGCUUGGAUUAGCCAAGAUGCUGAAUGAAAGAGGAAUCAAAGCCGUCACGCCCUCGUGUAUAGGCACACCUACCGACGAGCGGAAUUUCUCGCCGACUGCUACACCAUGCAACAGUCCGGAUGCGAGUUUGUCACCUACAAGAUCAUCGUCACCACCACCAGACAGCGGCGCCUCGUUGACACUAGGACUGCUUAGUACCGGCGCAGAAUUAUUGAGGCGUACUUUCAGUUACGAGCCGCCAGCACCGGUUCAAGCUAAGAAAAUGAGACCCAAGUCAACAAUCUCGCGUUCGGACAAGAAAGCUCUCCCGGGAAUACGUCUAGUGGAGAAAUUGGAGAGGAUUGGUAUUGACACAAUCAUAGCCACUACGGUUAGCUCGUCGAUCUCGCCGUUAGCUCUACAGGGUGCUCUGUACACGCGUCGUUCGACUGGAAGUCCAAUGGCACAAUUGACUUUCCUCAAAACUUCGAUGUCCUCCAGUACCAGCCAAGAGAAGAUAAUAUCUCCAUCGUCUUCAACAUCCUCCACUAGUGAUGAAUUUCCAUCGUGCAAAUCGCCGUCAUUGCUGGGCAAACGCGAUAAUAGCAAGGAGCCCGAACCAAGCGUGUCCGGUUCUAAUGCAUUUAACUCGAGAGCAGCGGGUCAGUCGCCGGAUCGACAACGACGAUCGGGUGCUAAAGCGACGAGGCCCGAUCUGGGACGAGUUAAGCCGCCAGUUCCGACGCCUGUAACUAAAGAAUCUAAACAGUCGGCUUUGGGAGCAAUAAGUUCGCUUCUUUUUGGUCGUAAGGGUGGCUUAUUGUGAAUAUUUUGUAGCGUCUGUAAUGCGGUAGAGAACGAAUCAAUUAAUUCCAGCGAAUUAUUUCUUAAUGUAUUCGCAGAGAAAAAGCUCGUUUUUUUAUUAUUUAAAAAUUUGAGUUUAUGCGUAACUACUUGAGUACACGAUAUGCUCCUGUCGUCAGUAUUAUUGACUGUUUAUACUUUUAACAUAUUCGUUGUAUUCAUAUACAACAAUUUUUGAACUUAACGUUAUGAAUCGCUGUAAAUAAUCAUGAGGAAAAAAUGUUAAUAAGAUACAUAAAUCAGGUUGCUAAAUACUCUAUACAAUAGAUAUAUUUUAAGUUUAAAAAUUAUGAAUUAAAACAAACAGAUAUAAAAGGGCGGUAUUUACUCUGUACAGUGAAAGUACACGAAACCAUUAUACAUUUUAAAUUUUAUUUUAAAAUCUAUAAUGAAUUAUAGAAACAGGAUAAGUGCAGAAGGCUGGGUUUUUUGAUAGUUUGUGAUAAAUGAAGGCCAGAUCCGUAAGUUACUAGCUCAAAUGAAGAUGAAAGGUUAUUUUAGCAAAGACGAUUGUGUCAUCUUCGACUAUGUAUCUAUGGAUUGCUGUAAUAUUAUGCAUCGUAUCAUAUUAAGUGAUGCAAGAGUUUAAGAAUAAAGAUUUAUAUCUGGCGAUGUAAUUCAAGAGAUUCGUUAUAUUAAGAGAAUUAAUAUAUAAAAAUCCACGCAAACUAUUUAAUAAUUUAUUUUUUUUAUCAAAAGAAUCGAUAACACAUCUAAAUAUCGUUUUUAUAAAAGCAUAUAGUAUAAUAGAAUAAAAACUGCAGUUUUUAGUCUAUUCAGCUAGUUUAUUCUUUUUAUUUAGUAAUAUCUCUAGUUGAUAAAUAUCCAAAUUUUCGUGCAGAUCUGAUAGACCAAACAAUCUGCACACUUGGGAACACUUAGCUCAAUAUUGUCCUAUAAAAUAUGCAGAUUAUUUAAAGCAGUCCAUAUUCUUACAUAGUUAAAGAUUGAAAUCUAUGUCCGACGAUAUGGAGAGCAAAAAAUAAAUUAAGCAAGUUAUAAUGGCAGGGUAGUUAAUGAAAUUAAUAUCGUGUAUUCGAAGUUCGUAGCCAACGACUGGAGGAGAAUAAAUGGUUAUUGCCAAUGCAAUAUAAACAACUAGUAUAUAAAGGGCAGGGAGGACGCUGAGAAUGGUGCAUCGUACUAUAAUGCAUUAUUUUAUAAUAAUUUAGCACAAAGUCAAAUCGCUGUGGUGCUUAUUUUCUUUAUUUAUUUCCUUUAGCGAACGCUUGGUGAUGACGAGUAGUAGCAGGCAUCGUUAAUGCUAUUGUCAGUCUUUGCACGCAGAAGAUUGUGCAUUUAGCGUUGAUUUGUAAGCAUUGUAUUGUACAUAGUUGAAUGAAAUGCAGCGGGGCGGCAAAGCGCAUUCAUUCUUUUAUUUUCCUUAGCGAUUUUUUUCGCAUGACUUGGUAAUUUAUUGCAACCUUGUUUCCUGCAAGUGGGCCUGAGUUUUACGUAAGAGGACAUAUAAUGUAUUAUAGAGAAGAGUGUUUAGCUCGACGCAGCCUUGUAUAUAGACGUACAAAUUAAUAAAUUAAAUUGGAAAAUAA